AUUAGUUGCAAGGAAAAAUAUAUUCUCAGCUACCCCUAUAGAGUAUAUAAAAGUGAUCCUCUAUAUGACUAUAAGCAAGAAACUCACCAAAGAUAAGGAAAAUGGGAUCAGAAACUCCCAUUCACAUACUCCUAGUCUCUUAUCCAGCACAAGGACACAUAAAUCCUCUUCUUAGAUUAGCAAAAUGUCUUGCUGCAAAGGGUUCUUCUGUCAUCUUCAUCACAACAGAAAAAGCUGGCAAAGACAUGAAAGCUGUUAACAACAUCACUGACAAAUCAGCCACUCCAAUAGGUGAAGGUUCCCUCACUUUUGAGUUCUUUGAUGAUGGUUUAGAAGAUGAUGAUCUCAUUAAAAUAGGUUUUGAUGGCUUUUCAAAACAACUUGAACUUGUUGGAAAACAAUUUCUUUCUCAAAUGAUUAAGAAUCAUGUUGAGUCAAACAAACCAAUUUCUUGCAUCAUAAACAAUCCAUUUUUUCCAUGGGUUUGUGAUGUAGCUUAUGAACAUGAUAUUCCUUCUGCUUUAUUAUGGAUUCAAUCAACUGCUGUUUUCACUGCUUACUAUAACUAUUUCCAUAAACUGGUACGUUUUCCUUCUGAUUCUGAACCUUAUAUUGAUGUUCAACUCAUCAACUCUUCAUUAGUUCUUAAACAUAAUGAAAUUCCAGAUUUUCUGCAUCCUUUUAGUAAAUAUCAAUUUCUUGGUGAACUCAUCUUAGGACAGUUUAAGAAUUUAUCAAAAGCUUUUUGUGUACUUGUUGAUUCAUUUGAAGAACUAGAACAUGAUUUCAUUGAUUAUAGUUCAAAAAAUUCAAUUCUUAUGAGAUCCAUUGGUCCAUUGUUCAAGAAUCCAAUAAUUGAAAGUGCAAGUAAUAUUCGUGGUGAUUUUGUUAAGAGUGAUGAUUGUAAUAUUAUAGAGUGGCUUAACACAAAACCAAAAGAUUCUGUUGUUUAUAUUUCAUUUGGUACUCUUGUGUAUCUUCCACAAGAACAAGUGAAUGAAAUUGCAUAUGGAUUAUUGGAUUCUAAAGUUUCAUUUUUGUGGGUAAUAAAACCACCUCCUAAGGAAAUGGGGUUAAAGGAACAUGUUUUACCAAAUGGGUUUUUAGAGGAAACAAAUGAGAGAGGAAAAGUGGUGAAAUGGAGUCCACAAGAAGAAGUACUUGCUCAUCCUUCAUUGGCAUGUUUCAUAACACAUUGUGGAUGGAAUUCAUCAAUGGAAGCACUUAGUUUAGGUGUACCAAUGUUGACAUUUCCAGCAUGGGGUGAUCAAGUCACAAAUGCAAAGUUCUUGGUUGAUGUUUUUGGUGUAGGUAUUAGAUUGGGUUAUGGUCUUAUGGAAAAUAAAUUGAUUACAAGAGAUGAGGUGAAAAGGUGUUUAUUGGAAGCUACAACAGGGGAAAAAGCAGAGGAAUUGAAGAAAAAUGCAGGGAAGUGGAAGAAGGCGGCGGAGGAUGUGGUGGCUGUUGGCGGAUCCUCUGAUCGGAAUCUUGAUGAGUUUAUUGAAGACAUUAAGAAAUGUGGCAUUGUUAACAUUCAUAACAUUUAAUGUAAUGGAAAGGUCAGUGGUGAAUUAUUCAAUACACAUCUUAUUUGAAUAAAUAUGUAUUAGUAUACCAAUAAUUUGAAUAAGUUUAUAAAUAAUAUCUUUUAAUUUUUUGACCUAUUAGAGUUAUUCA